GCUGAUUUUUCUUCACAACGUCGGGGAAAUUGGGAAAUCGGGAAAUAGGAAUAAACUGGCUGGGAUCGCGUUCGGUUCGUCUGGCGCACGGAAAACGAAAACAAAAAACAAAAACCAAGCUGAACGUGAAUGGCGCAGCCAACUGAGACUCGCACAAUGCAAUAAAAACAGUGAAUAAAACCAAAAGACAAGAGUUAAUUUCGCAAACAAAUUGAAACCGCGUGUCUUUCGUUUCGCUUCUCCCGCUCUUUUCGUUGCACUCGUCCUCCCACACUCUUCGCCCGAUGCAGUUGUGAGUGCGUGUGUGUGUGCGAGUGUUCUUAAAAUUUAAAUUCAAUGAAUUCGGCAGGCGGUGCAAUUAAAGCGCAACUAAAAAACAAAAGUGAAUCUACCACGUGCGCCGCUCUCUCGCGUCUUUGAGUUCAGUUGUUGUAGUUGUGGCCGCUUUCGUUUUGUUUUGCUGGCAUCUCGCUCUAACAAUUCCCUCUGCCCGAUUUACCGUUGCCCAGCCGCCGAGCAACCGGCGUUUGAAAAACCCAUUGGAUUAGGACCCACUAACGGGACACCCACACAAGGACAUCAAAAUGGUGCAGGCUCUCGACUACGACUGUGAUGUGCAGGGCCAGGACAUCCCGCAGGCCAUCCAGCUGCUUGGCGAGAUGAACAGCAAUGUGAAACAGGUGACGGACUUGGUGGAGGGCAUGCUGCAGCGGGUCAAGCGAGGUGAACUAACCACGGAGUACGGUCUGAGCUUCCUGGAGGUCAAGUACCACAUGCUGCUCGAUUACUUGAUCAAUCUCACCUACGUGGUGCUGCGCAAAUGCUCCGGCGAGACCAUCGAGGGCGAUCCCUCCAUCGAGCGACUGAUUGAGAUUCGCACAGUGCUGGAGAAGAUUCGGCCUAUAGAUCACAAGCUGCGCUACCAGAUCGACAAGCUGGUGAAGACAGCCACCACAGGCGUGUCGAGCAGUACAGAUCCCAUACUUUAUAAGCCGAAUCCAGAUGAUAUGAUGAGCAGUGCAGCCGGAGCAGGUCGCAAUGGGGAUGACGAUGCGGAAGAUGGCAGCGAUGGGGAUGAUGAUGAUGAGGAUGACGAUGAGGAGGAAGACGAUGAGGAUGAGGCCGGAGCAGCGAAAAUGCCACGCAAGGCGGCCACAGCCGGGAAAUCCGGAGUGUAUGUGCCACCGCGUAUCAAACCCGUUUACUACGAUGGCGAUGAACGCGAUGCCGACAAGGAGAAGAAGGCCCUGGAUCGGGCCAAGAAGCGGGCCAUUACGUCUUCCAUGUUGCAGGACCUGAAGGAGGAAUACUUGGAUGCCCCAACUGAGAUAUCGUCGGGUUCGCGGGCUCAGCAGCUGCUGUCGAAUGCACAGAAGGAGAAACAGGAGUACGAGGAGACCUACUUGAUGCGACUGCCGGUGACCAAGGCGGAGAAGCAUCGUCAGCGCAAACUAACCACAUUGGGCACACUUGGCGAUGAAAUCCUCGGGGAGAUUAGUCGGGAAUCAGCCCUGCGCGGCGAUGGAAGCAAAAAGCGCAAACUGGCCAAGGGAAAGGGCAAGGGAAAGAAACGCGGCGGUAAAAAGCGAAAGUUCCAUUAAUUGGAAGGACAAAAACCACUAAAUAAGUGACAACAUCUUUUAGAUUAUAUAAAAAGUGAAAAAGUUUUAAAGCAAAUAUAUUUUUAAUUGUUUUCAUAAGUUGAGUUUUCCAUUAUAUUUUAUCUUAGUUGAUUUAAAGUUUUUAUAUACUUUUGAGUCUUGAACAUUUAUAUUUCAUUGUGUAAUGUUAAGUUUUUCCAAUUUAUACUGAAUUUUCAUUAAACACUUUCUUUUAUCAUUAAACAUUA